AUGAAUCAAAGCAAAAUCAGGGCACAAAACUCAUUUACUGAGGCAAGAACUUUAGUAAAAUCAAGUAAAAUACAGCCGCAUUCACCACUCGACAACAAUCAAUCCUACGGAAAGAAGUCAAACCAACAGGCAUCAAGUGAACUUCCUUGCUUUAGAUUAUCUGAAAAGCUAUUGGCCCCUUCUAGUGAGUCAUUGGAUGCUAGAAUGGAUAUGACUUGUGAGGAGUGGUCGGCUGUGACUUGUGAGGAGCUGCUGCUGAGUUCAGCGAUCAGCUAUGCCGAUGGGUGUGGGUGUCUGUUUCACUGUGAGUGA